AGCAAGACCCCUUGGCUGGUGGUCGUGUGCGAAGUUUCGAGAUCGAUCGGUACUCGUAACCGUUGCCUGCCAGUGCCUGCCCUUGCUCAUAAGUGGCAUUUGUGUGGUAUUGACUGUGGUUCAAAUUCCUCAGAUGACGUAGCUCGUAGUGCUUGCACAGCUUCUUCGGGUUCAAAUAUCCUUCUCCCUUCCACCUGGUACUUUUCGUCCAUUGAAACAGUGCUCAUUGACGAGAAAGAAAAUCACCAGACUCAAGACUUUCACAUACUUCAUACCGCAACACACUUUACGCGUAUCAAAAAUGUCCGAAUCCACAUUCCACACCACCGGCGAAGACGUCCGCAAGAUGGAAUCCAGAGAAUCAAAGUUCCAUGACGGCAAGACGCCAAAGGACUCUGAUACUUCUGCUAUGAAGUCAAUCCUCUCCGAGCAGGAAAGCAAAGAAGCUGAAAUCGACCGAGUAAAAGCCAACCUGCCUCUUCCCGAACAGCCCGUUGGAGGAGCAAGUGCAGACCUGCAAUCUGCAGACCAGCGAACUGUCAACGUCGGCAGCGGUGGAGUCAAUGUCAAGCUGGGGACUCACUCGUCUGAUGGUCUGAGAGAGCCCGCUACAGCAGAAAGCAGUGCGAGAGUUGAUGGAUCAGAAUGGAAGAAGGAGACGGCUCCAUAAAUACGGAUACCUUAACAGGCAUAUUGUAUAGGCGCUUGGGAAUUCUGACGGCAAGUUGGAAGGAUCAUGAUCAUAUCGGCACAAUAGAUGCCUCUAGCUCCAUUUGAUGGAGUCAAAUUGCGUAGCUCGAAAAUGAGUAUUUGAGAACCCAAAACAAAAGCAC